AUGGCAGCUCCCUGGGCCGUACCAGGAAGUCGUGGUUUGUGCAGAACUUUGGUGAAUCGUGAUUUCAAGCGUGCUCGACGAUUGCUGGAAAUUUCGCCUACUCUUAUCAAUAUUCGCCAUCCUCUUGGUUGGGCGCCUCUACAUGCUGCCAUUCUAUGCGGGGACCCUUCCCUUGUGAAGUUUGUUUUGGAUCUGCCAAUACUUGACAUCACGAUCAAAGACUGUUCCACAUUCAAUGCCACAUCCCUGGCUACCGAUAUUCUCUGUCGACAACAGGAGCUUUGCUCGAACAUCUGCGCAACGGAAAACACCUCCGGCGCUACUGCAUUGCAUUUUGCUUGCAUGCGAGGCGACGUGGAGAUCCUAAACCUCCUCUUGAAGACGCCUGUCGCGUAUGAUGUGCGGGACGACUCACAAAGACUGCCACACGAAUACUUUGACCUCGACCGGGUGGAUUUAGAGGCUUUCGAAGCGUACCGUAGUGCAUCGAAGGCGUGGUGCAAGCGCUGGCGCUCAAUUGCAACAAAAGAUAUCACGACGCUCUGCGGCGCCAUACGCGAUGGAGACGACGAGUACUGCAAAGAGAUCCUCGAGUCGAAGCCAGAAUUAGCGCGCGAUAAGCAUCCAUCGAUCCUCGAGGCGCUGCAAGUCGCAGUUGCGGACCGAAAACCUGCUGAUAUUAACAUUCUCCUGCCAUCGAGCAGCACGUCGGGUAACUUGGACUCAGGGUGGCCACAGAUUGAGAAGCGCGUGUCGACACCACUGCACUAUUCUUGCCUAGUGGGUAACAUGAGGAUUGCGGAGAUUCUGCUGAGGAACGGGGCGGAGUGGACGAUAUCCGACAGCAACGACUUGCUCCCCGAGGACUAUGCCGCCCUCAAUGGCGAUAGUCAGAUGCAGGAGUUCAAGCGUUUGUGUGAGAAAGAAGCAGCGAUACGUGCAGAAGAGGAAGAGUUGAGAUUGGCCGCCAGGGUUGCGGAGGAGUUGAAGUUGAAACGCGAGCAGGAGAAACAGGAAUUGGAGCGGCUUCAGAAGCGUGAACUCGAAGCGCAGAAAGAGGCAGAGGAGAAGAAACUUCGUGAAGAGGAAGAGUUGCGCAAGAGACAGGCUGAGGUCGAGAAAGAGGCGAAGAAAAAGAAACUUCGAGAAGAAGAGGAGUCACGCGAGAGGGAGGCUGAGAUCAGGAAAGAGGCGGAAAGGCAGAAGAAACGUCAAGAGGAAGAAAAGUCGCGCAAGAGACGCAUCGAGGAAGAGAAAGAGCUAGAGAGAAAGAGAAAACUUCAACAAGAAGAAGAGUUACGCAAGAGGCACCUCCAGAUUGAGAGAAUCAUUGGCAACAAGAUCAUUGGACAGAGGGGUCCAAUUCGCUCUGUCGCAUCAGCCAUCCGCCUCCGCGAGAAUGGCUGGGUCGAUCCUGACCGUCCCCUCGUCAUGCUCUUCCUCGGAAGCUCUGGCAUAGGGAAAACGGAACUUGCGAAGCAAGUUGCGCAUUACCUUCAUGGCGACAAGAUUAAAGACAAGAUUAAAGACAAGUCCUCCUGUGGUCAGUCGCUCACAGAGAUCGAACAAUCUGGGGCGUUCGUGCGGAUUGACAUGUCUGAGUAUCAGCAUGAUUAUACGGUGUCAAAUCUGACAGGUUCGCCCAAAGGAUAUGUGGGUUAUGAGGAAGGCGGCGUCUUGACAAAUAAAUUGAAGCAAAAUCCAGACGCUAUUGUCCUUUUGGAUGAGAUCGAGAAAGCCCACCCUGAUGUCCUGACCGUUUUCCUUCAGGUCUUCGAUGAUGGAAGAAUAACGGAUCCCAAGCUUGGUACUAUCUGCUGCAAAGGCGCAGUGUUCAUCAUGACGUCCAACCUGGGGUCAGAGGAGAUCAGGGCUGAGUCCCCAAAGCUCCACAAGCUUGUCGCCAAAACCGAAGGUCGGCACCAACAGUACCUCAAGGGCAUCGGACAAUUCAACAAGCGGCUUUACCCCAUCCUGAAGGGCGCGCUCAAGAGGGACGAGUUUCUUGGACGAAUCAACCAGACCGUGGUCUUCCUACCUCUCAGCGACCAAGAGAUAGGUCAAAUCGUCGAGAUCGAGUUGAAGAAAUGGAAAAAGCGUGCUGAAGAGCACCAUGCGAUUCGAAUGUCUUGGUCACGCAAAGUCGUUGACAGGCUGAUUCAGGGCUAUGACGUGAAUUAUGGGGCACGGUCCGUCAUAAAUGAAGUCCAGACGCUUGCCGUACAAGUACUCGCUGAGUCCCAGAUCCGGGGGGAUAUUCGAAAGAAUUGGCUUGUCCACCUAUUUAUCAAUGACGCUAGCAGUAUCGACAUGGCAAAGGAGGAUCCGAUCGGCCGAAUUCCGCAAAGAGGAUGUCAUUAUGUCUUCUAA